AUGGAGGCAUUAAAAUCGCUUACGAGCUUCACCGACAGGUUUUACGAACAAAUAUUAAAUGAAAGUCAUGGUCAGUGGGAAAAUACUUUUCUCUCCCCUUUCAAUAUCUAUACUGCCCUCGGAAUGGUUCUUUCUGGCAGCGAAAACAAUACGAAAGCCGAGAUGAUAAGAGCGAUGCAAUUGUCUGAUUGUUUAGAACACGAUCAAGUUCAUUGUGAAAUUGCUCAACUUCUGAAUGAUUGUUCGAAACCUAGUAAAGGUGUUGAGAUAAUCCUUGCUAAUAGAUUGUUCGUUGCACAAAAUGUGAGUAUCCAAGAGCAGUUCAAAGCUAAUCUGAAGACAAACUACAAUGCUCCAACAGAACAUGUGGCAUUUGAGACUGACAUAGAAGGUUCUCGAAACCGGAUAAACCAGUGGGUCAGUGAACAAACUAAAGGACAAAUUCAAGAACUCAUUUCACCCGGUUCAUUAACAAACGACACUUCUGCUGUAGUAACAGCUACUACAUACUUCAAAGGUAUGUGGGAUUUGUCUUUCCCUGAGGAUAACUCACACACUAGCGAGUUUUAUGAACUAAACGGAUCAAAAAUGAGUGUGGAGUUGAUGCAUAACGAAUCGUAUUUCAAUAUGGCCAGUUUACCCCACUUAAAGUCACGAGCUGUUAAAAUACCAUUUAAAAACCCGAAGUUUACGUUAUUAGUUGUUCUUCCAGAUGUAAAUAACGGAUUGCCAGAUUUGUUGGAUUCGAUGUAUAAACAUGGUGGUAUUUCUUCAAUACUAUCCAGUAGUUUUCAAAAUACGAAAUUGCAGUUGUAUUUGCCUAAAUUUAAAUUGAGAGAAGGCCGUGCCUUAAAACUGAAAGAUCAUCUACGGAAAUUGGGAAUAAACGAUGCAUUCUGUCCUUUAUCAGCUGACUUUUCAAAUGUUUCUAACUCAUAUCGAAUGUUUAUAUCAGAUGUGAUGCAUAAAGCUAUUUUUGAGGUAGAUGAGAAAGGUGCAGUGGCGGCUGCAGCUACAGCAACACAAAUGAUUAAAUGCACAGCUUUGAUAUUUCACAAACCUGUACCGGAAUUUCGUGUUAAUCAUCCAUUCUUCAUUUCAAUAAUUUGGAAUGAUUCUUUACCAAUAUUUCUUGGACAUGUUACAUCACCAUUGAAUCAUUGA